CGAGCAGCACGACGUAGGAUACUCACCAGUCGCUGAGGAUAUAAAGAAGAGGUUCAAAAGCUCUAGAGUCAAUGGUAUCGUGAGCGAGCCCCGGUCCCUCCUUCAAUUUCGCCAAUGAUUUGGGAUAAAAUGGUUCACUAAAAAAUGGGCGUUCAGACUAAUAAAAUAAUUCGACUGCCACACGCUUCGGAGUUUCUCGGCGUUUCAUCAAGGUGGCAUGAAAUCCCCUCCAGUGACCCGAAGAACUUACUGCAAAGCCAAGGCUUGCAGAAAGCACACCCCUCACAAGGUGACCCAGUACAAGAAGGGAAAGGACUCUCUUGCUGCUCAGGGAAAGAGGCGAUAUGACCGAAAGCAAUCAGGUUACGGUGGUCAGACAAAACCCGUCUUCCACAAGAAGGCCAAGACCACCAAGAAGGUUGUCCUGCGUCUCGAGUGCACCCAAUGCAAGAGCAAGCAUCAGCUCUCCCUGAAGCGAUGCAAGCACUUCGAACUGGGAGGAGACAAGAAACAACGUGGUGCGGCCAUCAGCUUCUAGGGAGCUGUGUUCAUGUGAUCUUUCUGAUCGUCCUGUAAUCAUGGGGCAUGUAUGGCAUAGCGACAGAUUCAGCACAGAUAGAAAUGUCAAGCGG